AUGGAUGGCCAUGACACAUGCAAGGUCCUCGUCGAAGGUGCUGGUGCUCGCUCCGACCCACACGACGACGAUUACGACGGCGCCGACGAGCCCCACCUUUUAUACAUCCUCAACCUGAUCCUCAACGGCACCGCUCGCCUCAACGUCCUCCUCCCCACCGCCACCAUCCUCGCGUUCACCAUCUUCGCCCCGCUUCUCACCGACGACGGCGGCAACUGCAGCAGCCUCAACCGGUGGCUCAUGGCCGCCUUCGUCGCCUCUUGCGCCGCCUCCUGUGUCUUCUUCACGUUCACUGACAGCUUCCGAGCGUCGUUCUCGUCGGGGAGGCUGUACUACGGCGUCGCGACGUUCCGCGGCAUCUGGGCGUUCAACGCGCGGCGCAAAGGCCCGCAGAAUCCCGCGGCGUAUCGCCUCACGUGGUCGGACCUCUUCCACGCGUCGCUCUCGCUGCUUGCAUUCCUUGCCUUCGCAGCGUCUCACGGCGACGUGAUGGGGUGCUAUGGCGUGAAGCUGCCGAGGAAGGUCGCCAACACGGUUCCGCUGUUGGUUGGAUUUGUGGUGAGCGUUUCCUUCGUGCUGUUUCCUUCCAAGAGGAGGGGAAUCGGGUACCCUUUCUUGCUGCAGAGGGAUGCAGUCUUCGUGAAGGGCUAAGCCGGACACAGCAUCGAACAACUGGUGGAAGAAGACGUGGACGCAGAAAAGAAGCAGAGAGGUGGAAGCCAAGCUAAACAUGGAGGUUUCUUCCGAUAUAGGACUAAACGAAGACAUUACAUGAAACUGAGAGAAAACCUCAUUAAUGCAAGUCAGCAAGCAUUACAUUUCACAGAAAUCUAUGAAAACGCAAUCGAACAUGAUGAGCCAAUGUCACGCAGUUUGCUGGAUACAGCAAGAUAUUUAGUGUGGCGUCCCCAAGCUAUCAUCGUCCCCGUGCUCCUCACCCUCAUCUCCACCGCUGCCACUCCUACAGUCCUUGUAAGAUGCAGAACUGUGGCUUCGAUCUCAACUUCUUCCUACGUGACGACCAACGAGAUAAAUAUAUAAAUAGAAGGUGAAUGAGAUGUACAAUCAAAAUGCAUUUACAACAUUGUUAUGAUACAAUGUAAUUUCAAUUAGUGUUCAUGCCAG